AUGUUUAUAUGCUGACCCUAACAGAAAUUGUUUUAUGGGAUUAAAUAUUUCAUAGGCGCAAAGAUGGAAAUAGUUGCUCCACAUGCAAGUGUGAUUGUACCGGAAGUUCUGAAAAGAAAUAACUACAAGAAGUGGAGCAUUUUCAUGCAGCACUAUUUAAUGGGUCAAGAUCUUUGGGAUGUUGUUGAAUUAAGCCAGUUGCCUGCAAAAGGAAAUAUGGGGAGAGAGUAUAAUAGAAAGAAUGCUUUAGCACUGCAUGCCAUUAAGAUUUCAUGUGGAGAAGAAAUGUUUGAUCAAAUAAAGGAGAUGAAUUCUGCUAAAGAUGUUUGGUAUGCAUUGGCUGAUAUGCAUAAACCCGUAGAACAUGACAUUGUUGAGCACCCCCUAGAAAAGCGAACAGGGCCCGGAAAUCUUGCUAGUUUGCAAUAUGAGACCUUAAUUAAAGCCAUUUCCAAAGGGAAGCUGUCGGAAGUAAAGAAAUUCUUUACAGAAUAUCCAACUUCGGACGCAAAAUCUGCAAGAAUAUUUGAAUAUGGGUACUCAGCUCUUCAUUUUGCAGUUUAUGAUGGGAAGAAAGAAAUUGUUGAUUACUUGAUCGAGUCCAACUUGUCACAAGAAGAGUCAGAAAUAAAAGAUGAUUUUGAGAGAACGACACUUUCCAUUGCUGCUCGUUGCGGAGCCGGGAAAUCAAUUGCACAAAGUUUAGUUAGAAUGAACCCUAAUUUGCUUACCAUCCCAGACAAAGAUGGAAAGAUCCCAGUUGAAUUAGCUUGCAGCACAAUUCAUGAGGGCACGACACGCUAUCUGUACCGUAAGACUCCACGAAAGUAUCUAGAGGGAGACCGUGGCUUCUACAUCCUCCAAGAGUGUAUAACUAGGAAAAUGUUUGAUAUUGUAUUCGAUCUACUCCACCAUUUUCCAGAUUUGGCAUCUCGCAGUUGGUUGGCAGUCGUACUCACGCUUUCAGUGCCACUGAUCCUUGGUAAUCUGAUCCUUGGGGCGCUACGCAUACUGGUUUCAAAGCUCUCAGAGGUUCUUGAAACGCAUUUAUAUGAGAUAAAGUUGAUGGAUGAGUAUGCCCGUGAGGUUAUACAUUUGAUAUGUCAAGAGUCAUUUUCAAAAUUAGAUGAGAUCCAGUUUGUGCAAAGUAUAGCAGUGGACGCAACCUUCGAGGCUAUCAAGCACGGCAUCCCAGACAUUGUGAAAGAAAUUACAGAAGCCAAUGAAAGUAUAUUAUGGAGAAGCUCAGAUCUUGAAGAUUCAAAUUCAAGAUCAAAAAUUCAAAACAUAUUUGCUUGUGCUGUAGAACAUCGUCAGGAGGAAGUGGUACACUUUCUUUAUAAAUCUGCAAAGGAGGAGAAAAACAUACUUUUUGACAUCGAUAAAGAUGGAAAUAAUACAUUACAUCUAGCAGCAAAGUUACCCCCUCAUUAUCAAUUAGCAGGUUACUUCCAUGCUGCAGCUUUGCAGUUGCAAAGUGAACUACGUUGGUUCAAGGUAAGUACUUUUUAUUUUAUUUGUUUUUUCUAAUUGAGUAGUGAGAAAUAUUAUUCCUUAUUCAUAUAUUACUCUUUUCUAGUAUAUAUUAUUUUUUAUACUAUGAAUUGUAUAUCAAAUUAUUUUCAUGAAAUUUCAAUCUAAUUCUAAAAAUAUUAUAUCUUAUUCGUCGAAACUCUCUUGUCAAUGAAGAUAAGUUUGUUUC